GAAAUUUAUAAUGCUGAAAUUGUACUUGUUAUAACUAUUAAUACAAGAUGGACGUCAGUUUUUGAGUGCUUUGAUCAUAUUUUACGAGUUCAAUCUGCAAUAUAUGCAGUGUUAGCUGAAGAAAAUGUUGAAAUAAAUGAUAAUAUUAAAGAUACAAUUUUGAAUCAUGAAUUUUGGUUAAAUCUUAAAAAGUUAUAG